AUGGAAAUCCAAAAAAAAAAAAACAUUGAUACUCUUACAUCCAAACGUCUGAAAAAACAAGAAAGGAAAUCAUAUUCUAAGGUCACAGGAUGUAUGGCAAUGAUUGGUUUUGACAGAAAUGUUGCAACAAAUAAAAUCACCGUAUAUGCAUUUGAAGACGCACAUAACCAUCCACUUACUGAAUUUAAUGAAGAAAACAUCUGCUCUCCAAAUCAUCGUCUUAGUAUUUUUGAUCAAGAACUAAUUGUUAAAGCUUCAACUAUCAACAUUGGUGCCACAAAAGCACACAAGUUAAGAGCAUCAUUAAAGGGAGGAUAUGAUAAUUUGCCAGCAACAAAGAAUGAUUUCAAAAACUUUUGGAGAGAUUAUACAAAUAUUGUUGGACCAAAUGAUGCUCAAUGUGUUUUGGAUGAUGAUGUGCUAAAUGCUAUGUUUUGGGUUGAUGAAACAGGAAGAGAAAACUACUCUAAGUUUUCUGAUGUUAUAUCAAUGGAUGCUACUUAUAGAACAAACAGGUACAAUAUGAUAUUUGUUCCUUUCAUUGCAAUAAACAAUCAUGACAAGACAAUCAACGUUGGAGCAGACUAA